UUUUACAGAAGUUCCCGCAGAGAAAUAACGACAAAACCCCACAAACUGUCUCCUACGUCAAAGCGGCACGCGCCUCUUCCCUCGCGCUUUAAAAACAAACAAACAUUUUUUCCUCGUUUCACGACCCUUGUGGCGGAUCGAACGGAUCGGGAACACACCGGAAUGUCAGCGUGGUUUUCGGCUCGGCCGUUAAUAAUUUUGGACGCGUGUUGACUGACAGGAAGGUUUCAGGUAUGGAGCUGAGCUCAGUGUUCGUGACCACUGGAGGCUCCGUGGGCUUUUUCUCGCUUGUGAACGCGGGAGUGGGAAGGAUGCUCGUGCCAGAAUCUGUCUGUGGAAAUGCGUCGAAGUGGAGAAACAUCUGCACGUCCUUCGUCCACAGCCUGGUCACUGCCAUAUGGGCAGUACUUUGCUUUUUUCUUCACCCUCAAAUGGCAGAGGAUUUGAUAGAGACUCACUCUGUGUUUUCUCACAUGUUGGUGUCUUUUUCAAUUGGUUACUUCAUCUAUGACUUCCUUGAUAUGGUCCUGAACCGAAAGCUAUGUCAGAGCUGGGAGCUGCUCUUUCAUCACAUGGUGGUAGGUAUUCCACUGUUAAGUCAUGAAAAGAUCAUUACAUCUGUGCAAGAAGUCAUCCAGGUAUAA